AUGAUGUCACUGCUGGGCUCGGCAAAUGAGAAGGAGCUUCAGGAUCUUCUGGGUGACCUGGACUUCAGCCUUCUGGACAGCUCGGCUAAUCCGCAUGUGGCCACGCCCGGGAGAGAGAAUGGCCUGAUGGGAAUUGGAGUUUCAGGGCCGAAGCCGAGUGGGGGCGGGUUAGGGAGGGGGCUGGGGGUUGCAGGGGGUCUCCUACACCCACCUCCGCUCCCUGACGGCCUGCCCGCCCCCCUCAUCAAGCGCAUCGAGGACCUACGGGCGGCCUCUCGUCAGUUUGAUCAAGAGGGAAGGAAGAAAUUCUUCACCCUGGAUAUGAAUAACAUCCUACUGGAUAUUGAGCUGCAGGCGCAGGAGCAGCCGAUGGGGCUACGUGGGGAGGUGUAUUCUCACCUGGAGGCCUUUGUGCCCUGCAAUAAAGAGGCCCUUCUCAAACGCCUCAAGAAGCUUAGCCUCAACAUCCAGGAUGACCGUCUGCGUACGCCCCUGUUGAAGCUGAAGCUGGCUGUGUGCAGUGUGAUGCCCGAGCAGAUCCAACGAUACAACAUGGACUGCAUGGUUAAGGCUGCCAAGCAGCAGCCUGGAGAGGGAGAGAAGAACGGAUCAGAGGAGGAGGACGAGGGGAAGCCGGGGAAGAGGAUGAUGGGCCCACGGAAGAAGUUUGUCUGGGACGACAAGCUCAGGUCGCUGCUGUGUAACCUGGUGCGUGUGAAGUUGAGCUCCUAUGAACUGGAGUCGUCUCAGUGCUCUCUCUCCGUGGAGGAUUACCUCAAGGCCUUCAUGGAGAACGAGGUCAAACCACUGUGGCCCAAGGGCUGGAUGCAGGCCAGGAUGCUGUUCAAGGAGAGCCGUGUUGUACACAGUCACCUCACUGUCAACAUGGUCAAGAAAAGGAUGGUCCCCACCCCCAGGGCUAAAGCAAAGGAGGGCCAAUGGAUCCAGCAGAGGCCCAAUCUCCCCACCGCCACCACCCCUUCUCUCCCCCACGUCCCCUCCACCCCCUCCGUCAUCCAGGCCCGCCGGACCUCCUCGUCCCCCUCGGAGCCCAUCUGCCUGUCCGACUCGCUGGACGAGGACCUCCGCGCCCCCUCCCUGGAUUCCGUCUCCCACGCCCUCGCCUUCCUCAGCCAAGCCGCCAAGGGCCUGGGUCCCCACGGCAGCGUCACUGACCUCACCCUCACCUCCCCCCUCUCCCCCCCGCCUCUCCAGAUCCCCAACACCUCCCCCCCCUCCAUCACCCCUCACUACUCCCCCUCGUCUUCCCUACUCACCUCACAUUCUCUUUCCAAGAUAAACGCCAACUUGUCGACGAUGGUGACGAUGCCAUCGAUGGCCAACAUUAAGACCACGCUAUCUACCUCUCCCUCCACUUCCACGGCGUCGUCGGCUCGCAUGCAGCUCGCGGGGGCCACGUUGGUGUCUCGUGGCGCCGACGGAGUGUACGGCGUGAUGAAAGGGGCAGGCUCUAUGGGACAGACUCAGAGACACAAUGUCAGCAUGGCAACCGCCAUUCACAGGCAAGGGGGCAUGACUGGAGGGAGUAAGCUCCACCCACCAUCGUCCCCCUCCCCGCCCACCAAGCAGCGGCCCCCUCCCACAGCCUCUCCGCUCCUGCCCCCCCAUCAGAAGGUCUCCCUGGGCAUGGGGGUGGCAAUAUCAGAACUAGGGAAGAGCAGUGUCAAAGCCAACAGCAGCAGUAACGGCAGUGUCAUGAUGAGCAACAUGUCCUCUUCCUCCCCUCAGUCCCGUGCCACCAACUCCCACUCACACCCCCAGCAGCUCAACUCCAAGAGCCCUCAGCAGCUCAACUCCAAGAGCCCCCAGCAACCCUCCUACCUCACCUCCACGGUGGGCUCUUCACCCUCCCAGUCCCCCUCCCACCACCAGGGCAAAUCCAAGCCCCACCACCAGUCCAACUUCAUCACCCCCAUGCAGGCAACUCUCACCAAGUCCUCCCACAGCAACAACUCCUCCCCCAUCAUCAAGCUCACCCCUCGCCCCCCUGCCCCCACCCCUCCUCCCAUCUCCUCCCCUUCCUCCUCCUCUUCCAACCUCCUCUCUCACUCUCAAAUGAUCUCCAGCCCUCUCCAGUACCAGUCCCCCAAGACUGCUGGCUUCCGCCCCCCAUUUAGUGUCCAAGGUGGGGGUCAGGUGAAGCCGGGCCAGGGCAGUUAUAGCUUCGCAGGGAGCCAGAAGGCUCCGUGUGUCAUUAGCAGUAGUAGCGUUAGCAGCGCUAGCUCCAACAGCAGCCCCAUGCGCAUGUCGCCCGUCACCAGUCGUCCGGACAACAGCCCCUCCCCCUCCGGCACGGUCUCGACCAGUCACGGACAGAGACAGAGGGCCGUGGGCAGAGCCAAGGCUGUAGGCAGUCGGGUGCCCACGGCAACCAUGGCCACACCCUCCGUCACCUCACACCUGACGCAGGUGUCAGCUGGCAGUCCCCUCCUGGGCGGGCCACUUGGCUUUGGGAUGCUGGGGGGGCUAGUGCCCGUCUCACUGCCCUUCCAGUUCCCAUCGCUGCUCAACUUCACUCCUCCUGGUGCCCCGGGGGUCAGCGGCCUGGGCACGGGCACCAACUCAGGAUACAGCCUCUCACAGAGCGACUUAAUGGAUCUGUAUAAGAGUCUCCAGUCAGGGUCACAGGCUGCUCUACCUCCUCACUUGCAGCUUGCUUUCUCAGAUGCGAACCAAAGCCAGGGUGGCGACAUGAAGAGGAAGUCCCACUGACCAAUAGAGACGGAGGACAGAGAAUGACAUCGAGACGUCCACUAGGAUCACUUUGAUUGGACAGAUGGACACAAUGAUGUAAUAAUACAGGGGGGAGGAGCCUUCUUCCCUCAAUAUGGACCUGAAGAAUCAAUUACCCCUCACCAUGACGAUUUAUGAAUUUAAUUUAACUGUAUUUUUAUGAUUACUGGGUAUAAAAUGGACCUGGGGUGAAUGAUAAUGAAUUUCUUUCCCUUACAUUUUUUUCUUGUCAACAUGUUUACAUGACCGACCUUUAUCACUGUGGAAUGAGGACAGGGUCGUAUUCAUUAGGCUCCAAACGUAGAAAAACAAAUACAGAAACAAGGAAGUACUGCCUGAACACUGGUUUUCGUUUAAAAAGAGUUUUGCUAUGUUGUGCACCAACGGAGCGCACAUACCGCAGCGAAUGUCGAUCUAUUUGCCGUUUGUUCGGCGCGGUCUGUUUUACGGACCACCCCACCGGUGAGGGUCUGAUUGUUGACAUUUUCCCUCGAUUCUACAUGUAGAAUCAGUUUGCAAAUUAUGGCUGGCACUCUGUUCAGAGGUGCAAAGUACUCUCGACCUGCAAACGCCACCAAUGUGUCCGUUCCGUAAUGAAAACCACCCAGGAGAGGGAGCACGCUGUUAGCGAAGUAAUUUAAUUAGAAUUUAAGUCUGUUUUAAUUUUUUCUCGUCUAAAGCAGAUUUGAGUAUAAAUUAAUUAAUUAAUUUUUUGGUCGUUGUCUUGACUGUCUGAGGAAGGUAGUUGUUAACUUGUCUCCGAUGUGAGAUGGUGUGUCCAUAGAUUGUUUUAAAGUCGCCUCUGCUCCCCACAACUGACUGUUAAGGUAGUAUAGCUAAUAUAAAAAUGGAUAAAUUAUUUGUAAUUUACACAGGGAUAAAAAAAAAUAUUUAGAGGUAUGAGUGUGCCCAGUGAGAUUGUGUGUGUGUGUGUGUGUGUGUGUGUGUG